GAGGUCCAAUGAAGGAAGAAGGGUUUUGUUGUUAUCGUUACUGUCGCAGCAGAAUCGGAAUCUGAUCAUUAUUUUGUGUUUUUAUCUGAAAAAUAUCCUUUCUGGCCGUUUUAAAUCUUCAUUCUGGGUCGCGUUUCUCGGCGAAAGUAACUGUCGAUCAGGAAAACCGACAGAAUGUCGUCGGAGGAGUUUGAGAAACUUCACGAGAUGUUCAAAUCAAUAUACGACGAACUGAAACUGAUUCCUGAUCGGGUGACUCGAUGUCAUGGAGAGGAGAAGAAGAAGCUGGUGAGAGUGUUUGAUGAACGGCUUGGAGAGGCAGAGGAAGUACUGCAGGGGAUGGAGCAGGAGCUGUUCGGCGCUCCGGCCUCCUUUAGGAACCCCAUGUCCACUAAAAUCAGGCUGUACCGCAGAGAUCUGGCCAAACUGCAGCGAGACCUGCGCUCGGACACAGGCCUGGGCUUCUCCGGCCGGCCGGGAGACGGCAGACACAGCGUUUAUGGGGCACAGAAUGAGCACAGUACUCAGCUGCAGGCCCAGCGAGCUUUACUGAUCCAGGGCACGGAGUCUCUGAAUAACGCCUCACAGAGCAUCGAGCGCAGCCACCGCAUCGCAGCCGAAACCGACCAGAUCGGCACAGACAUCAUCGAGGAGCUGGGCGAGCAGAGAGAGCAGCUGGACCGAACCAGGGACAGGCUGGUAAACACAGGAGAGAACCUGAGCCGCAGCAGGAAGAUCCUGAGAGCCAUGUCCCGACGAUUGAUGACUAAUAAGCUGCUGCUGGGCGUCAUCAUCAUCAUGGAGUUAGCCAUACUGGGAGCUGUGGUCUACCUCAAAUUCUUCAGACACUAGACGGCAUCAGAAAGAUAAACGCUCUCUCUUCUCUCUGUCUCACUCUCUCUGUCUCUCUAUCCAUCUCUCUAUCUCUCUAUAUAAAUCUCUUCCCUCUCUCUCUCUCUCUCUCUCUCUCUCUCUCUCUCUCUCUCUCUUCUCUCUCUCUCUCUCUCUCUCUCUCUCUCUCUCUCUCUCUCUGAAGAUGCUGGAUGAUGAGCGGUGAGGCAGAUCAUCCAGCCUCUGUCUCCUACAGUAUAGUUGGCCCCUCUGUGGCCUGGGCUUGUGCUCUGUGAUUGGGCAGUAUAAAGCCCCAUGAUGCUGGACCACAUGGAGGUGUGAAGGACUGUACAACUAUUUUAAGCCUUUUCCUGCCUCCGUUGGUACGAGGAUGGCUCUGGUGGGGGCGUUUCUUUAUCUUUGGUGCACUGAUCUCUACAGACUCUGGAUGAGCUUAAGCAUCUACUGUGAUCUGUCCAGUCUACCAGAGUGUUAUCAUUCAUUUGGAAGAAGAUGCAUUUGCCGUGCCAAUGCAUGAACAUUUGCACGCUCGCUUCAUUUCAGAUGGAUGGACAGACAGCAAUAGUGAAGGAAUGGACGGGGGGUAAAUGGACUUGUCUUGAUAUUUGUACCUGACUAAUUUAAUAGCUUAGCUAAUGUGCCAAUAGAACUGACCUUUAAGAAGUGAUUUUUAACCUGAAUUAUUUAACAGAAGCUCUUUGUAUUCAUCUCAAGGCAAUGUGAAUAUAGUAUUAAAGGGGCCAGAUUCUA